CAUAAACCCUCUACUUAUAUUGAAACACAUUAUAAAUAAAGUUUGAAAGAACUGUAGAGACUUACGCAAAACGCAGGCAAGAAGGAAAGGAAGGAAAGUCCGAAGGAAACUUCGGACUCACUUGCACUGAAGCACAUAAAUGAAAUCCAGUCAAAUGAAUACCGCAAUAAUACGAGCAAGUUCAUGAAUAAUAAAUAAUUUCCAUUGUCAAAAUUAAAAUAUAAUUUUAUUUAAUGGAACAUGUGAAAAAGCAGACUGGAAAUCAGCAUUAUAAAUGUGAAAUUUGUUUUAAACAGUUUACUAGAAAAGAUAGUUUAAAUCGACAUGUAAGAACGCAUACUGAAGAAAGAUCUUUCAAGUGUAAAAUUUGUGUUAAACAAUAUACUAGAAAAGAUGAAUUAAAUCAACAUUUGAGAAUGCACACUGGAAAAAACCCAUACAAGUGUGAAAUUUGUUUUAAGCAGUUUGCCAGAGAAAGUCGUUUGAAAAUACAUUCGAGAGUGCACACUGAAGAAAAACCUUACCAGUGUGAAAUUUGCUUUAAGCAUUUUAGAGAAUCGGGAAGUUUAAAAAAGCAUAUGAGAAUGCAUACUGGGGAAAAACCUUACCAGUGUGAAAUUUGUUUUAAACAAUUUAGUGAAACAGGAAGGUUAAAAAAGCAUUUGAUAGUGCACACUGAAGAAAAACCAUACAAGUGUGUAAUUUGUUUUAAGCAGUUUAAUACAGCAAUAUAUUUGAAAAUACAUUUGAAAAUGCACACUGGGGAAAAACCUUACAAGUGUGAAAUUUGUCUUAAGCAAUUUAUUCAAGCAAAUAAUUUAAAAAACCAUAUGAGAGUGCACACUGGAGAAAAACCUUACAAGUGUGAAAUUUGUUUUAAGCAAUUCAUUAAAGCAAAUAAUUUGAAACAACAUAUGAGAGUGCACACUGGAGAAAAGCCUUACCAGUGUGAAAUUUGUUUUAAGCGUUUUAGUGUAUCAGGAAAUUUGAAAAAUCAUUUGAGAGUGCAUACUGGAGAAAAACCUAGCCAGUGUGAAAUUUGUUUUAAGCAAUUUAGUGGAACGGGAAGUUUAAAAAAGCAUUUGAUAGUGCACACUGAAGAAAAACCUCACAAGUGUGAAAUUUGUUAUAAGCAGUUUUCUCGAAAAUAUCAUUUAAAAAGACAUUUGAAAAUGCAUACUGAGAAAAAACUUAAAAAGUGUGAAAUCAGUUUAAGUCGUUUUUUCAGAAAUUCCUUUUAAAACGACAUUUAACAGUACGCUUUGGACAAAAACCUUACAAGUAUGAUUCAAGAGGUUUUGUCAGUGAAACCAUUUGAGAUUGCACACUGGAGCAAAGCCUGAAAGCAUUUACAAGUGUGAAAUUUGUUUAAACAAUAUACUGUCAUCAAAUUAAAAAAAAACAAUAAAAAUGUAAUAAUACCAUAAAUUAAUUAUUGAAUAUCCAUAAUUGAUAUUUGUUUAUACACAGUGUCUUGACGAGAGUUUAUAUAAAAAAACUACAACCAAAUUUGAAAACGAUUUUUAAAUUUUAUUAUCAAGAUUUAAUUAUAAAACUUCAAUCUUAAAUAUUUUCAAUAAAACAUUAACACUCCAUGGGAACUAUUAAACAUAAUGGUUUAACAAUUUAAAAAAAUUAGAAGCAAAUCUAAACUUAUUUUGAAAUUGGUAUCUAUAUUAAAAUAAUAUACAAACAAAAAUAUCCAAAAAAUAUUAAAAAAUUACAAAAUUGUUCACAAUUUUGUAUCGGUACUAUAUGACCAUUAUCAUUAA